GUCUUUGGCAUUUUAGGGCUCUUGAGGUUUUAUGCCCUUUGGUGGCAAAGUGAUUGCUUUCCUGCUUUGUUAAUUUGUUAUUUUUAUGCCAAACUUACAGAAGUGGCACAAGAACUGGGCAGAGGAAUUCAUAUAUUCACAAACUUGGCUUCUAUACCAUUUGAUGGGACUCUGGCUUCUAUACAAUUUCUUUUGAGCUCAAGAGCGUCAUCUCCUUAGGAAACCAUAAUACAUCAUCGACACUCCAAUUCAGCCAUUUUCAAAGAGCUUUUGAGUAGGGUCAUGGCCCUACAAUUGUGCAGUGGAAUCUCAGCAUUGCAAAGUAUACCUGCAAAACCCAGCUUCUACUGUGAGGGUUUGACCCACAAAAUUGCAGUUAACAGAUUUUCUUGUGUUUCUCUCCCUCGUGUCGUGUUUUCGCGCCCAAUUGUUUCAAACUCAUGGAGGCAGCAGCCAUCAAGAGGAUUUGCUUUUUGCGCGGGUACCCACCUCUCGGCUUCCUCCUCUCCCUUGCUAUGUGGCUCGAACGGCAGCCUAACAAGCACUAUCGCUCCUCUUUUCUCCCUUCACCGGCUUCCCUCCCUCUCUACGCGUUAUAGGCUCAAGCGCAUGGGGCCAAAGGCCUCAAAGGAUGUCCCCUCCUCCUACCGUUACCCCCCAAUGACCAAAAAGCCCAAGUGGUGGUGGCGAACCCUUGCCUGCCUUCCAUACCUAAUGCCCCUCCAUGAAACUUGGAUGUAUGCUGAACCCGCCUAUAAUCUUCACCCCUUCUUAGAGGAUUUUGAGUUUCUCACCUACCCAUUUCUUGGGUCAAUAGGGAGACUACCUGGUUGGUUCUUGAUGUUCUAUUUCUUCGUCGCCUAUUUGGGUGUUGUGCGGCGAAAGGAAUGGCCUCACUUCUUUAGGUUCCAUGUGGUGUUGGGGAUGUUACUUGAGAUUGCUUUGCAGGUGGUCGGGACAGUUAGUCGUUGGCUGCCGUUGUCGAUGUACUGGGGAAAGAUAGGGAUGCACUUUUGGACAGCCGUCGCGUUUGGAUACCUCUUUACAGUGCUCGAGUGCAUCCGGUGCGCGCUUGCGGGCAUGUAUGCUGAUGUGCCCUUUAUGUGCGAUGCAGCGUACAUUCAGAUCCCAUAUGAUUAAGAGAGAGAGGGAGAUAGAGAGAGGAUUGGUUUGAGAUGAUUUUAUGUGUUGUAUUGUAAGAACUAUAUGGAUAUGGGUUGGUAUUUGGAUAGAUAUUGUUUUGGAGAGAGAGAGAGAGAGUAAUGCCUUACCAAAAUCUCUCUCUAAGGAAGUGAAAAUCUCUGGCAAAAAGUUGUGGUUCAUUUAGGGAGUCUUUCAUUC